UACCAGCCCUUUACGUAUCUUCUCAAUCCCCCGCAAAUAACUUUUAACCGGACACGUCACUCACACAGCCAAAAGGACGAAAUAUGCUCCACAAAGUAGCAGCCGUCUCCCCCACCGCCACCUCGCCGGUCCUUGUACUCCCCGCCUCCGCCACCGCCACCGCCUCUUCUUCCUCCGCUCUUUCCAACCCAUUCCUCGCUUUCCCCAAAAGACUCAAACUUUUCACUAAAAACCCCUUCUCCCUCCCUCAAUCUUCCAGACCCAUCUCUUAUUCCCAGCCCACGAUGAACAUCCUCAACAAACUCGGUUUCGGCUUCCGGUCGCCCGACCCGUCCACCAUGGACCCGACGAUUCCCCAGAGCCCAGACGAUGAUGUACCUGCCCCUGGCCAGCAGUUCGCCCAAUUCGGAGCUGGGUGCUUCUGGGGAGUCGAAUUGGCGUUUCAGAGGGUUUCCGGCGUUACCAAGACCGAGGUCGGGUACUCUCAGGGUCUCCUCCACAAUCCCACAUACGAGGACAUCUGUACCGGUACUACCAACCAUUCUGAGGUGGUUAGGGUUCAGUUUGAUCCGAAAGAGUGUAGCUACGAAGCUCUGCUCGAUGUGUUCUGGGCUAGACACGACCCGACUACAAUGAAUCGACAGGUUGGAAAUGAUGUGGGAACACAGUACAGAUCCGGGAUAUACUACUACACACCAGAGCAGGAGAAAGCUGCAAAGGAGUCGAUGGAACGACAUCAGAAACUCUUCAACAGGAAGAUAGUCACGGAGAUUUUGCCAGCCAAGAAGUUUUACCGAGCUGAAGAAUACCACCAGCAGUACCUUGCUAAAGGAGGGCGUUUUGGUUUCAAGCAGUCCACUGAAAAGGGCUGCAACGAUCCAAUCAAAUGCUAUGGUUAAAGGCAGACAAUUGCCAAUGACAGGCGGCUGGACUUGAGGUUGAAUUAUCUUCUUCAUGCCUUAGAGUUGUUCAUAUUUGAAUAUAUGAUUAAGCUUGUCUAUAAUGGAGUCAUGAUAUUGUAUAUGACCGCUCGAGAAGCGCAGCACAUAAAACCAUUUUAGCUAUGGUGCAAAUUGUGAGUACUGUGUACUGGUUCUGUCAAGGCGACAAUCAGUUUUAUAUGCAGGAAAAUAAGCAAUGUAAUUUGUGAGCCAGUAUACUUGCCUCAUACUACAUUGCUUCUGCCGCUUCUUGUUUGUAUAGUAUGAUUUUUAUUGCAGGAGAAGCACAGGCCAUGUCACGGCAUAAAUACCUAUUUUGAAUUAAUUAUUUAGUAUCCUUUCUUAACAGAACGUAUUUUAAUUGUGGACAUAAUU